CUCGUCCGCGACGCCUUCGAGCUCGCCAAGGAGAAGUGCAAAGGACAAGGACAAGGGCGGCGCCAUCAUCUUUAUCGAUGAGUUGGACGCCAUUGGUACAAAGCGUUUUGGUGGCGAGCAGUCGGGCGACCGCGAAGUCCAGCGCACGAUGCUCGAGCUGUUGAACCAGCUCGACGGUUUUACAAGCAACACGAAGAUCAAGGUCAUUGCUGCCACGAACCGACCGGACGUGCUCGACCCGGCGCUCCUGCGUUCCGGUCGUUUGGAUCGCAAGAUUGAGCUGCCCCACCCGACAGAAGAAGCCCGUGCGCGUAUCCUGCAGAUCCACUCGCGCAAGAUGAACGUCGACACGGACGACGUCAACUUUGACGAGCUCGCACGCUGCACGGACGACUUUAACGGCGCGCAGCUCAAGGCGGUCUGCGUCGAGGCCGGUAUGCUUGCGCUGCGUCGGGAGGCCACGAUCAUCAAGCACGAAGACUUUAUGGAGGGCAUUGGUGUCGUGUCGGCCAAGAAGAAGGCGACGCUGCAGUACUACGCGUAA